AUGAAGGAACAAAAUCCACCCGAAACGCUUCAAAGUCUCCUCAAAUAUGAGCACAAGCCUGGUCAGGCACAAAGGUUUCUCGCUCGCAUGGGAAAGAAUUUCAGAUGGCCCUCCUCCAUGCCAGAAUAUCUCAGAAGACAUUCCUUCAGAAUAAUCGCUGACGUUGCGUUCGAAUUUGAUGACGAAGUCGGGUUAAACUUCAUAUUUUUCUACAACGCACUCGAUAGAGGUGAAUUUACGGGACAUGAAAACGAGUGGGUGACGGUACACAACCAGAAGGUAGUAGAGUAUGGAAAGGAGUAUAGCGAUGAUCAAUUGGACUACGUUCUCGAAACUAUGCCUGGUGCCAUCCAACACCCGGUUGAUCAGACACAUCUGCCACUACGUAGUAAGCCGGCGAAGAUGGUGAUUUCUCAGCGCGCUAAUAGUGGAGAUGAUUACAAGGAUACUUGGGAGGCAGGAAUGGAGUACAAACCUAAGAAGAGCUGGGGGUUAUGGAGCACCUGCGGAACAACAAGUGGAUUCAAGCCAAAAUUUUACUCUGGUAAUCAAGUUGAAUAUGCCCUUAUUGGUAAUGAUGUUACGGAUAAAUUAGCAUAUGUUCAUGAACCAGGGAAUUCGUUAAAGUUUUUAGAUAUUGGAGAUGAGACCAGACUCACUACAUUUUUGAAUACCUGUCAUUAA